AUCCAUCCCGCAAUGCUUCCACACACGCUCCCAAUUCCAAUCCCAAUUCCCCUUCUCUAAACCCAUUCCCUCCCCCUUCCCUCCCUACUUAUCAAUCCUCCCCCUCCCGCCAUUUCCACACCCAAGCCAGAUAGCCCCCCAAGAUGUCGCUCUCCGCCCACCUCGUCGCGCAAGACAGCUCCUGGCGGCAGCGCUCGGAGCUCGCGGCCCUGGCCGAUCUGCCGCCGCAGCUGGACAGCGAGCUGGAGCGGCUGGAUAAGGAGUUCUGGGUUAGUGCGGAGAAGUUGAAGGAGGUUGUAAAUAGGUUUAGGGAGGAGCUUGAUGAAGGAUUACAAGAAAACGGCCGCAACAUCCCCAUGAACAUAACCUGGGUCCACAGCCUGCCCUCCGGCAACGAGCGCGGCACCUUCCUCACGCUGGACCUAGGCGGCACCAACCUCCGCGUGUGCAAAGUCACUCUGCACGGGCAAGAACCGCCCAACCCAACAAACUCCCCUUCACCCGGGCAAAAAUUCUCCCUCGAGCAAGAACAAUACAAGCUCCCGGAUCACAUCAAAAGCUCCACCGCCGAAGAGCUCUGGACGCACAUCGCCGACAAACUGUCCACCUUCCUCUCCAGCAAAGGCUUAGAUAAAGAGUAUACUAAAGAGAAGCCCAUGCCGCUCGGCUUCACCUUCAGCUACCCGGCGACGCAGGACGCGAUCAACCACGCGGUGCUGCAGACCUGGACGAAAGGGUUCGACAUCAAAGGCGUAGAAGGGCACGACGUAGCGGCCCAGCUGCGCGAGAAGAUGGCCGCGCGCAACCUGCCCCUCGAGCUGAUCUGCGUCAUCAACGACACCGUCGGCGCGAUGAUCGCGUCCGCGUACAACGACCCCGAGACCAUCAUCGGCGCUAUCUUCGGCACCGGGUGCAACGCAGCGUACAUGUCCAGUCUAUCCAGCAUCGCCAAGCUCUCCCCCAGCGACCCGAGGCUGAAGAGCAGCAGCAGCAGCGGCGGGAAGACAACAGGCAAAAUGGCGAUAAACUGCGAGUACGGCGCCUUCGACAACGCGCACGCCGUGCUACCGCGCACAGCCUACGACGCGCAGAUCGACGCCGCGUCCCCGCGCCCGGGGGAGCAGAGCUUCGAGAAGCUCUCCGCGGGCCUGUACCUGGGCGAGAUCUUCCGCCUUGUGCUGCUCGACCUCGCGGACCGCGGGCUGGUUUUCAAAGACCGCGAUGUGGGGAGGUUAAGGCAGCCGUAUACCAUCGACACCAGCUUCCUCAGCCAGAUCGAAGACGACGAGAGCGCCGGCUUCGCCCAAUCGCGCCAAAUGUGCAGGGAAACGCUCGGCUUCGACCUCGCAGACGGGGAAGUCGAGCUCACGCGCCGCCUCGCGGAGCUCAUCGCCGUGCGCGGCGCGCGGCUGUGCGCGUGCGGCGUCGCGGCGAUUUGCACGAAGGAGGGCAUUACGAGGGGCCAUGUCGCCGCGGAUGGCAGCGUGGCGAACAAGCAUCCGAAGUUUAAGAGGAGGUGGGCGAGGGCGCUCGGGGAGAUUUUGGAUUGGGAUAGGAGGGAGGGGGAGGAGGAUCCGAUUGUUAUUACGAGCGCGGAGGAUGGGAGUGGAGUCGGGUGUGCGAUUAUUGCGGCGAUGGAGAUGGAGAGGAGGGGGCGGAGGGCUUGAAUGAAAUGAGUCCUGAUGGGAGAUAGGGAGUGAUCCCACAGUCGCAUACAUAUCUUGUAGUACUUGCAUCUUGAAAUGAUGACUAAGCCCCGUACUGCCCCUCCCAUGCACGACGCCAAUCGUAGUCUGCCCGCUAUCGAUAAGCUGCGGGUCGUUUCUGCCGACGCGACUUCGGACCUUGCAUCUAACCUAAGCAUAAAACACCCUUGAAGGAAUUCCGAUC